CAUUAAAUUAUAAUGCCUAGGCCUACCGCUUGCAAAAUCAAUUUAUUCAACAAUAAAAAUAAUGUUUCUUUGCAGGACAAGGAUUGUCUUGACUUUCAAGAAUGCCUGCAAUUUGAAAUUUCACCAUCAAAUUGUUUCAGAUCAUCUAGGCCUGCUUGAGUGCAAAUUACACCAUGGCACGGACCAUGGUGGCGAUAAGUAGGCACAUGAGAAUUAUUAGAAUAUGGCAAAUAUUAGUCAAUUCUUGCAUUCUAUCCAUGCUGGCUUUUGCGGGCUACCUGAGAUAUAAAGGAUAGGUGGGCAGGUCAUACAGGCUGUCGCGACUUUAUUCAUGCACAAUUUGCCUAAUAGGAUCAUGGAAACACUUCAACCACAUCAAUGUGUGUUUUUUAAGGUGUGACAUCAUUACGUCCAGCUGUUUUUAUCGACACAAGACAGUUCAAUAAAACCGCAUCGUGGCAGGCAAUUGUCGCCUCUACUUUCUAUGCUAACUUUUUAAAUGUCGACAAAAAUUCACUGGACAAGUUAAUGGAAACAUAGCUACUGUCUCCUUAUCCAUCCAUGUCACAAGACUCACAACUCAUACCCUAUAGGAUAGACAUGGGGAGUUGAGUGAAGGGCAGUGUGUGUGUAUUAUUGCCUGUGCGUGCGUGUGCUUGUUUACCUGCGUGUGUGUCUUUGCGCGCACGCACCCCCGUGUGUCUGUAUUAGUGCGUGUGUGUGUGUAGGUCUACCUUCUUGUUAAUUUAAAACCUGAACCAAUAGCGAUCCUAUCCCUAGCCAGACACGAUAGAUAGCAGGUUCCGAAGUGAUGACACUGGAAGCAACCAGGAAACACUGAAAGGUCGCUGGCGAUUAGAUUAAAGACUAAACCUCUGACAUUACUUUUUAACCAGGCACACCGUUUUAAUCACAACCUCUCUUAUUGGGCCCAUUGUUCUCCUAAAGGUCUCAGGUCUUAGUAACUUCUUAUCUGGCUGUACUCUGAGGCACAGGGGAUGAGAGAGAGAGAGUGGGGAGACUUGGUCAUAGUCAGGGUGCACCCCAAGUGGAACCCUAUUCCCUGUAUAGUGCACUACAUUUGACAAGAGCCCAUAGGAAAUCCAAUUGGCUCUGUUCAGAAGUUGUACACUACAUAGAGAAUAGGUUUCCAUAGGACGCAUGCAGCCUCAGUCAGCGUUGCUGGGCUGGGCUCACUAUAAAAGGGGUACUGGGUCCGCCAAGAGAACCACACAACACCACCGGGUGAGAGCGAAGGAGACACCGACAGAGACCACUGAUCCACACCUGCAGCCGGGCUAUCACUUUCAAGGCUCUUGACUCCUCUUUCCUCCCUCUUUCUUCUCUCUCUCCAUCUGUCGUUCCUGAUCAUGUGGAAGGCUGCAGUGUUGACGUUUGGCCUGUUGGUAGUACUGGUGGGUAAGGUGCAGGCUGCAGAGGGCCACGCUAACUCUAUCUACGGGGUGAAGCUGUGCGGGAGAGAAUUUAUACGGGCCGUCAUCUUCACCUGCGGAGGCUCGCGUUGGAGGAGAGGAGUGGGCGACGCAGGUGACAUCUCCAUUGACGAGGAGACUGAGGCCUUCAACCCAUGGAGCUCCAACGCCAUCCCAAGCCUCGCCAGCAAGCAGCGUCCAGGAUUGGAGGCCCAGGGGUGGGCAGGCGAGGUCAGGGAGGGGGGCUCUGCUGCUGCUGUGUUCAGUCGUUUGGCCCGCUCGCCCAUCUCAGAGGAAGUGCUCGAGGCGCUGCGCAGCGCGGACAGGAAGGGGCGGGACGUUGUGGUGGGCCUCUCCAACGCCUGCUGCAAGUGGGGCUGCAGCAAGAGCGAGAUCAGCUCCCUCUGUUGAGCACUACUAAUACCUUUCACUUUCAUCCCCCCAUCCCUUCAUCCCUCUGCUGAGCUCUUCUACCUCUCCUCCUACAUCACUACAUCUCUCGUGCCUCUCCUCCAUCCAUUCUACGUUCAUUCUUCUGGCCAUCUCCAUCUCUCACUAACAAUCCCUUCAUUCCUGCCUGUCUUCCUCCUCUGUUCCCAAUGUCUUGCCUUCUCCCCUUCCUUCUAUCCCUCCAUCCCUCCACUUUUCUAUAGCUCCAUUCCUCCUGCUUCUUCUUCUUCUCCUGGAUCAUUUUGCAGAUAAUUCAGGGUCUCCUGAAUGUGAGGGGUGUAAAAAAAAAAAAGGUUACAAAGACAGACUUUGACUAUGCAUGUAUUCUCCAAUCUAUGUCAAUAUUAUGAGCCAUUUUUGUGUGUUUGGUUACUGAUAUGAAAGUCCAAUAAAGUUGUGUUUCGAAAGUG